CUCUCUUUUAAAUCUCCACAAACCAAUCAGUCUUCACUAACAAAAACUCAAACUCAAACCCAAACUCUCGAAGCUAGCUAGCUCUAACCAUGGGGUUCCCAGCAGGCUACACAGAGCUUCUGCUCCCCAAUCUCUUCCUCAGUACACUUUCUAUUCUGGAUUUCAUCAGAAAGCUUAUCAGUAUCCUCUUCUCCUUAUUGGGUCUCCAAGACUUCAUCGAGCCCGACAAUGCCUGGUCGUCCGACCCGCACCAUCCGACCCGGAUCCCGGAAUUUCAGUCCGUCUCUGCCUUACUGAUCCGCGAAAUCCUCCCUGUCGUGAAGUUCUCGGACCUGCUCGACCCUCCCGAGUCCUGCGCCGUCUGCCUGUACGAGUUCGAGGGCGAUGAUGACGUACGACCCUUGACCAACUGUCGUCACAUCUUCCACAAAGGCUGCGUCGACCGGUGGGUCGGCUACGACCAGAAGACGUGCCCGCUUUGCCGGACACCGUUUAUACCGGACGAUAUGCAGGGGGCAUUCAACGAGAGGCUUUGGGAGGCUUCUGGCAUCCCCGACUUUUACGGCGACUUUCCUCAUGCUAUUGGUUACGACUUGUAGCACAAUUCAUUUUUACUUUUUUUCUUCUUUCUCUUUUUCAGAAAAAAAAAACAAAAGUUUCGAGUCUCAAAAGUACGUUUAGGGAGAAAUGACGAGAAUUGAACUCACUAUGAUCUCGUCGGAGAUGACCUGAGUGGAAUUAGAUGACGCUCGGCCUCUGAUGAAAAUGUGGGCCUAGAAGAUGAAGUUAUUUGUAAAUAGGGUUUAGGACACGAACUUAAAUGGUAAUUGAAUACAAGUGAGAUGGUUUUGUAUAU